CUUUAACAGUCCCGCGGAAUUCUUGGCUCUUAUCGAUAACUGUGAAAUGCUUCCUGGGCGACAAUUUACACAUGUUGCUUAUAAGCCUGAGCUUCAAGUGAUCUCUCCCGCACUUAUACAACGUCAACCCAAGUAUGCUUGACCGAGACUUUCACCAGUUGGUCUCUCACUCAUGCCAUCAUACCUAUACCACCUAGCCUUGGAGCUAUAUACUCAGCCUCCAGCUUCCUUCAAGCCGAAAACACUCAUCGUGAAACCUCAUGAGCAAUACCUCCCACCACCCGAAACAGACAUAUUUCAGACUCCUCUCCCAACUCACAGUAGUUCUACUUGGGGCAUACCAUCAAGGCCACUCCAGAAGCGCUCCAAGGCUACCUCUACACAUCCUGACACCGUCCAGGCACCUGGAAUUGCCCCGAGGCCAGCCUACCAACGUAGAUUCAGCCAUCGCAACGGGUCCUCGCAAGGUGAGCUUGGUAACAGCCCGGUUCCACUCCACCAGACAACGGUACUUGCUGCACGAUCGUAUUCGCCGACUCAUAUCGACUGGCGUUUCAAUACUGUGUGCAUACAAAGCAUCGAUAUGGUACCUAUCGAUGGGACUGAGGGAGCACGGGCUCAAGUCAAGAAUCUUGACGAAAUACCUAGCUCAAUAGGACUCUCCACGAAGGGUCGCUUCACGCUGGCAGGGCCUCGAAAUACCGAGGUCGGCUGGGGUGUCGUGCACCUCUAUAGGGAUGAGAAAGAGACACCAUGGCUUGACGAUGACACGUCUAGUAGUGCGGGCUCGGAUAAUGAAAGGGCAACAGAAGUCAGUGGAGGUGUGUUUAAAGAGGAGGACUGUACAACGUUGUGUAUACUGGCCGUGCCAUCCUACAUGACGCCCUCGGACUUUCUUGGUUUCGCCGGCGAGAGGACCAGGGAGGAUGUCAGUCAUUUCAGACUGAUUAGAACAGGGACGAUGAACAAAUACAUGGUGCUAAUGAAGUUUCGAGAAGCAGCGAAGGCAAGGGCUUGGAGAAAAGAAUGGAACGGAAAAUUGUUCAAUAGUAUGGAGCCGGAGAACUGUCAGGUCGUCUUCGUUAAAUCGAUUGAAUUUAGGACGCCAGACUCGCACGGCGACCCUUCGAACUUUCCAGCCAAUACUAACGAUCCUUUCACACCAGCGCCCGGACUGAAGCCUACAGCUCCCUUACCUACAGACACAAGUUCCCUCGCUUCAUCGCUCUCGACAAAGCCCCUUGCGCCUCCGACAGCAAACCUUGUAGAACUACCAACUUGCCCCGUAUGUCUGGAACGAAUGGACGAGACGACCGGCCUCCUGACGAUCCUUUGUCAACACGUCUUUCACUGCGCAUGUCUAGAAAAAUGGCGAGGGACUGGCUGUCCCGUUUGUAGAUACACACAGAACGAUGUUACGGGGAGCAAAGGGCUCGCAUCCGGCGGUGACGCUGCAGAAAACGAAUGUACUGUCUGCGGAUCCACGUCUAACCUCUGGAUCUGUCUAAUCUGCGGCAACAUUGGCUGCGGCCGCUACGACGAGGCCCACGCGUUUGCCCAUUACGAAGCUACAUCCCAUGCCUAUGCCAUGGACGUCAACAGCCAACACGUCUGGGACUAUCCAGGUGACGGCUACGUACAUCGCCUCAUUCAGAACAAAGCAGACGGCAAACUCGUCGACCUCCCCGCCGCUUAUUCCCGUAAUCCUUCGUCUCACCCCGGCAUGACGGCAUACGGCGAAGAUACCAUCCCCCGCGAGAAAUUCGAUAACAUGGGUAUGGAGUAUACCUAUCUCCUCACCUCCCAGCUUGAGAGCCAGCGCAGCUACUACGAAGAGCAGCUCGAGCGCGCCGUCGACAAGGCCUCACAGGCCGCGGCCUCUGCCGAUGAAGCUGUGCGCACCGCAUCCGCGCUCGCCGCCCAGGUCAAACAGCUCCAUGACCAACACGUCGCCGCGCAGACGUCCAUCGCGAGUCUCGAGAAGGACGUCGCGCGUCAAACUGCACGCGCAGGCGCAUCCUCCGACCUAGCGCGGAAAUUCACAAAGCAGUACCAGGAAGAAAAGAGCAUGAACGAGAGUCUGAUGACGCGCAUCAAGUUUUUGGAAGUCAAGCAGAAGGAGAAGGACGAGCGGCUGUGCGUGUUGGAAAUGGAAAAGGCGGAGCUGGCAGAGCAGAAUCGUGACUUGAGCUUCUUUAUCAGUGGGGGUGAGAAGUUGAAGGCGUUGCAGGGGGAGGUGGGAGAGGAGGUGCAGCAAGGGUUUGUGGAGGUGCCUAAAGAGGACAAGGGCAGGAGGAAAGGGAAGGGAAAGAAGUGAGUCGCACGGUGGCAUGUUGGCUUUAGCGGGUGUUAUGUCAAUUUCGUGCAUGGGCUUUGGCGUUGGAUGGGCAUUUUCGGACUGGUGAUAUCCUUGAACUGUAUAGAUAUAGAUAUACUAAGCGCGCAGCAUUACUUUGACCAGAGGACUGACUGACAUGCGCGAUGUAUAGAUAGUCGAUAUGAGAGACGGUCUUUCGACCUAAUAUAUCUUGGAAAAUUUAG